CCUGGAUGUUUGUUUACCCCUGGACUCGCUUCCCACGGCGAUAGUCGGCUCUCACGCUAGGGAGCCGUCAGCCAGAGUGGAGUUAAUGAGGUGCCCGUCACGUGAUCCCAGUGACGUCACCGUAAGAACGGGCCCAUACUGAACAACACUGUUUCACAUACCACAUACGAUCUUAGGCGCGAAAAUACCAAAAUAAAAUAAUGUCAGACUGUGAAACGGACAUACUAGAAAUUCCAAUGUGUAUACCACCUAUAGACCCGUACAUGUAUGAUCCUAUACGAACGGAUUCAGCGCGUGGAACCCAUGAAUUCAGCCCAGUAAACCGUUCCCCUCACUCAUCCGACAGCGAGUCUGACCACGUCGACAGCUGUCAGAAACCAGAAGAUUUUCGGACCGACAAUUUGACCUGGUGUGAUUGUGAGAACUGUGAUAUUAUGCCAACUAACGUAGAAUGCCUUUGCUGUCAGGAAGUGCCAAGGAUAAUAGAAAUGACUGACGAAGAGCAGCUAGAUAUAAAUUGCAUCACAGAACACGAAGGCUUUAUUGUAAACUGUACAAACAGACAUGUCAUCCUAACGUCCAUUUAUGAGUUUUUGGAAGACUAUGGCCCCACCGAUGACAAUGAUCCACCACACAAGUUGUACAGGUUUAUCGCAUACAGGAGAUUUACACGAUGGAUAUGGCACAAGCUAGGCAGAGGAAACCGAAAGCCAAUACCAUCGUGUGCCGUAAAGAAGUUUCCGUAG